CUGAGCCGUGAGCUUAUUGAGGGUGUUGCCUUCCUCCAUCGGCAAAACAUUGCACACAUGGACAUCAAGCCCGACAAUCUUGUCUAUGGAUCCCAUCAUCUUUAUAUUAUUGACUUCGAUGUUGCUGUGCGGUGCAGGGAUGUGGACGAAAUGGUUAAAAUGUCCUGUGGAACUCGUGGGUGGAGCGCUCCAGAGAUUGUCCUUGACGAUGAUGAGGCAACUUGCGCGUUCAGCCCUAUCAGGGCAGAUUUAUGGUCUUGUGGCAAGGUACUGCAG